AUGAGGAGCAGCCUGACCCUGGUGGGGACCCUCUGGGCCUUCCUGUCUCUUGUGACUGCUGUGGUCAGUUCUACCAGUUACUUCCUGCCUUACUGGCUCUUUGGCUCUCAGCUGGGGAAGCAAGUGUCUUUCAGCACAUUCCGGAGAUGCAACUACCCUGUGCGGGGAGAAGGGCACAGUCUGAUCAUGGUGGAAGAGUGUGGGCGUUAUGCCAGCUUCAGUGCCAUCCCAAGCCUGGCCUGGCAGAUGUGCACAGUGGUAACAGGUGCCGGCUGUGCUCUGCUACUCCUGGUGGCACUGGCUGCUGUCCUGGGUUGCUGCAUGGAGGAACUCAUCUCCAGAAUGAUGGGUCGUUGCAUGGGAGCAGCACAGUUUGUGGGAGGACUGCUGAUAAGCUCCGGCUGUGCAUUAUACCCCUUGGGAUGGAAUAGCCCGGAGGUAAUGCAAACAUGCGGGAAUGUCUCCAAUCAAUUUCACUUGGGUACCUGUCGGCUGGGCUGGGCCUAUUACUGUGCUGGAGGUGGAGCCGCUGCAGCCAUGUUAAUUUGCACCUGGCUGUCCUGCUUUGCAGGAAGAAACCCCAAGCCUGUUGUGUUAGUGCAAAGCAUCAUGCGGAACACCAAUUCUUAUGCCCUGGAGCUUGACCACUGCCUCAAACCUUGA